AUGGAAUUUUCAUUUUUAAACAAAACAAGCUAUGAUAAAGAUUGUCUGUACAAUUCCAAUUCACAACUGAUCAACAAUACGAAUGCAAGUACCGGAUUCGGAUCGGUGGCGAAUCACAUGAGCCAUUAUAAUUUAAUAAUCGAUUCGAAUUAUAAGCUGCGGGCCAAUGAGAACGUGAUUAGAAAUUCCUUUAGCCAAGAGUCCAAUAUACUAUUCUCCAAAAUUACAAAUGUUGCUGAGUUUUAUCCCGGUGCACAUAAUAUUACGCCUUUCAAUUCCGAUUUUCAACUUAAGUCAUAUGCUGAUGAAGCUUCAAGUCUGACCGACAAAUCGAAACAAAGACGAAUACGAACAACCUUCACAUCCAAUCAACUAAAUGAACUUGAAAAAAUAUUUUUGGAAACGCAUUAUCCAGAUAUAUACACAAGAGAAGAAAUUGCUUCUAAAUUACAUUUAACAGAAGCGAGAGUUCAGGUUUGGUUCCAGAAUCGUAGAGCAAAAUUUCGCAAACAAGAACGGCAUGCCAUCUAUAUAAUGAAGGAUAAGUGCUCGAAAAUGGAAAGCCGACAGAAUACGAUAUCUGGCACACAAUCGUAUGAUGUGCCACUGAACGGAUCUCAAAAUGCAUGCCAAAUAAAAUGUUUUUAUGAUAAAAUAUAGAAAGAAAAA